AUGAAUCAGUUCCCCGCCUACUCCGACGGCGACGUCAAGGUCAUCAUCAGCUCUGGCCGACACUAUCAGCUCCACUCAAACUUUCUCCGCAACAGCAGUCCGGUGCUGCGCAACCUCCUUCGAGACGAGAACGCCGCCGACCUCUCCUCAAAGGCCAUCAAAAAGAAUGCCAUGCGUUUCCAGCUCACCCUUACACCAAACAAGCGCCGCCGUGACAACGCCGACAUCAAACACGUCUUCGCUCUCACCGAGCUCGACCGCAACGGCCGCGCGAUCGGAGGCAGCACAGCUUCCAUCGUUGAGUCCGAGAAUGGCCGCGCCAUCGAACCCAACUUUCUCGCCUUCGACAGAAUCCUACGUGCAUUCUACAACCAGGGCUUCGACUUCGGAGAUGCGCAGGAAGACCACAUGACAGAUCUGCUGAACGCUGCUCUCGAAACCAUCGCCGCCGCAGAGUACCUCAAAUGCGUCCACGUCAUCUCCGGGCCAAUCGAAGCGACUCUCCUCAGCACCGGCCAAAGCCUCCAACGCGCCCUCUCCCUCUACCCACCCGCAUGGCUCAUGUUCGCCGAGCGCAUCAAGUCCCGCGCGAUUUUCAAGCAAGCCCUUAUCCACGGCACCGGCCAAUACAAUAUGCCCGUUGUGCAGAACGCUAUCGCAGACGGAAGUCUCUCCGACUCCAUCAUCGCCGUGCUAGAAAAGAAAGCGCAGGCGGUCGUCAAUGGUGUAGCUCAGGCGCAGCGCUGCAUGGCGUCCUACUAUCCGGCUGCGCUGAUGCGUGAGAAGACAAUCGGCAGGGUGGACCGUGACAACAUCGGCCGCGCGGACUACGGCAACGACAUCCUCAUGUGGAUCGCACUAUGCGUCUUUCGCCACUGGCUGUCCGAUCAGCUGGCGGCGGACCACACGCAUCAUGCGCCGGACAUGGGAUACCAACUCAUGUCGAUCGUGAAUCAAGGCGGGAAUGCCUACCUCUCAAGACAGGUGCUGCAGCAUCAAUUCCACGCGAGGUUUCCGAUGAGCCCGAAGGGCAUGGCGUGUGUGGAGCACCGGCUGAUGGAGAUCAAGAACAAUGUCGCGCAGUGGGCUGCUCCUCUCAUGGUCGACGACACCGAACUCGACACCACUCGUUACCCGGUCAAGCACUACACACACAUCCGAGUCGACGUCGAAGACUACCCCUGGGCCGCAGCCGAGACCGCCGCUCAAGCGAUCAUUGCGGCAGGAGGUAAAGCGCCCGUUGACGAUGAACCGGAGCUAGACGAAGAGGAAGAGGUCUUUUUGGAGUCGAGCGAUUCAGAGAUGGGUGAGAAUGCGGGUUCGGACGAUGUUGACGGGGAGGACGAUACCGGUGAUGAGGAUGCGAUGGAGACUUGA